AUGGCAACCAAUUCGAAUUCUUCGCUCGGAGAAGUCAGGAUCACUCAGAUCAGCUAUCCCGGGCCAACGUGGCACGGCUUCAUCCACGAUAGCCUGGAUGCCUUGUGGAUCGUCGAGGCAUGCUUGAACGGGACCAUCCCGCAGUGCACGCGUCGACCUCGGCCCGAAGAGCGAGGCAUCAUUCGGGGCGGGGCCGUCUUCGUAUACGAGGAAAGAACGUCGGGAAUCAAGCGGUGGACGGAUGGGCUCAGCUGGACACCGAGCCGGGCCAUUGGUGAUUUCCUCGUCUAUCGAGAACUCGGCAGCCCGUACAGCCAUACACCCAAGGACGGCAGCAACCUCUAUAAGAAAACCAUCGGCAUUAGCUACGGUGCAGACCUGUUCCGCGUAGUAGCCUACUUCAACUGCGUCCCUACGCCGGCGGAGCAACUACGGCCGAUCCACGACCCCAAUCUCAACACCCACCCGCGCCUGGAACUAAGCGUUAAACGGGGACGUCACAAUAGCCCUAAUCCCUUUGUGGACGACGCUUGGGCGCAGCUUUUCGACACCGGUGGGCCUGCACUCCCGACCAUCGACCCGCCCAGCCAUUCUGGCAACUCGACUUCUUUAGGAGCCUGCGAUGCUCAGCAGCAGCACCGGCGGCAGUCUUCGGCUUCUACCAGUACUGCCGUGGCUCUCCUUGCGCAAGAGAUCGGCCUGCCUUUGGAUUACGUACAGAGGAUGAUCGACGCCUGGCAUCUGACCGAGCAAGACGGACGUUUCUCCUUGGACUCUGAUCCUCUUUCACAGUCCAUACUCUUUUAG